UCUGCACACACUCAACUCCAGCACAGAUCUGCUUCAACGAGAGGAGUGAAGAGCACUCACAAGGCAGCGAUAUAUAAAUAUAUAUCCACAUAUUUAUUUAUAUAAACACAGCUCAAAUGAAGGGAGAAAAAUUCAGAUAGGCAACAGAAACGGGCCAAGAAAGAAGUCAAAGUUAACAGGAAGUUUCAAAGGCAAGAAGAUAAAAGUGUGGAGAGAGUCAGGGCUCCAAGCUAAGCGUGGAGAUAUAUAUUUUGUUCAAAAAAAGAAUGGGCUCCCUGGUGAGGAGUGCUGCUGCUGUUCUCUUAACCUCUCUGCUGGCUUUAUUUUUUGGAUUUUCUGCAGUCUGGGGCCAGGACCUGAGAGACAGGGAUGCACUAUGUAACGCAGACGGUUGUUUUGUGGUUUACUUUCAACGAAAAACCUUCCUGGACUCAUGGAAAGCCUGCAAAGACAAAGAUGGCAACCUAGCUACCAUCAAAACCAUGGAAGAUGCCACCACAAUUGAAACUCUCUUCUCCACUCUAGACUUGCGCCACUCGCGUACCAAGAUCCAAGUAUGGAUUGGCCUGCAGCGCCAGCCUCGCCAAUGUACUACCACACGUCCACUUAGGGGUUUCUCUUGGACUACUGGUGACCAGGACACCGAGUAUACCAACUGGCAGAAAGAGGACUCGCCUAGUAUGUGUUCAGUGCCUCGCUGUGUGGUUAUGGGCUACAGCACUCAGGAGCGGAACAAUAACUUCAAGUGGCUCGAUGGUUCCUGUUCAGUCCCUGUAGAUGGGUAUCUAUGCCAUUAUGCUUACAAAGGAAUGUGUCAUGCCUUGUGGAGUGAAGGGGGAGGCAAUGCCCUCUACACCACACCAUUUAACCUUAUCAGCACACUGCUAACCCAUGUACCCUUUGGAUCUGUUGCUAGUGUGCCCUGCCCCACAGGCACCAAGGAGGAACAGUCAGUUUUGUGUAUGCUGAGAGAAGAUGGCUCAGUGGGUUGGUCAAGAAAUCCCCCCCUCUGCUCAGAUCCUUCCAUAUCACACAACUGGUGUGACCAGGAUAAUGGUGGAUGUGAGCAUUUUUGCAGGACAGCUGGUGGUCACUUUUACUGUGAAUGCGCUGAUGGAUAUCAACUAGGAGAUGAUGGGCAGAGCUGUGAGGUAUCUGAUGUUUGUCAAGGGGCCCCCUGUGAGUUCGAGUGCCUGCCCCUUUCAGACGGCUACCGUUGUGCCUGUCCUGAUGGAUACAUGCUUGCACCCGAUGAACGUGGUUGUCUCGAUGUAGAUGAGUGCCUCCAGAGUCCUUGUGAACAGCUCUGUGAGAAUGCUCCUGGGACAUUUGAAUGUCGGUGUCGGGAGGGUUAUCAUCUAGAUGUAGAGGGUGGCUGUGAGGAUAUAGAUGAGUGUAUGAAUGACCCAUGUGAACAUGCUUGCGAGAACACUCCAGGCUCUCAUAUCUGCCACUGUCAUCUGGGUUUUUCCCAAGUUCCUGAGGACCCCAGCCGGUGCCAAGAUACUGAUGAGUGUCAGAUUCCUGGGACCUGCGAGCAGAUGUGUGUGAAUUAUGACGGUGGAUUUGAGUGCUACUGUGAGGAAGGCUAUGAACUCAUGUCUAAUCAUUACUCUUGUCAGAAGAGGGGAGAAGGAGACAGUCAAUCUGCUGUCACCCCUCCAUUCCCUUGGGUCACCCACCAUCCUGGACCUGUAUGGGAUCCCUUGGACUAUGAUUGGAACCCAGAGCAGAGUCACACUGGUUGGCCUUCAGAAGAGGAGCAAUCUCUAGACUGGCUGACCGAUCCACCCAAAGUUUUGAAUUCUGAUGUAAUUUGGGUCACUAGUGCCCCGCAGGAGGAAGUGCCCUUUGAUUCAGCACUGGACCCUCUGACACAGGGAGCUGAGAAAGAUGGAGAAGACAUAGAUGAGGCUGAAUGGUUGGAGUGGGAACAGAGAUCUCAGUCUCUGUCGACAACCAUCUACACAAAGGUUCCACCCACCACUAGCUCCACCACUACUCCAGACUGGUACACAGAUGACGAAGAGGAAAUUACUACACCUCUUCCCUCCCUUUCCACUUCUACAAUCAAUGAAGGUGCCUGGAAUUGGUGGGAGGGUAUCGCUACUUCCAGCAUGAAUCCAGAAAAUCCAGUGGAUUCAGUCACAGACCACAACAUGCCUACAGAUUCCAGCUACCACAAUAAGACAGAAGAAGAACAACCGUACCCCCCUAGAGAAAGCUCUACGUUCCCAAAGGAGGAGUUAGGGGAGGAGGGAAAUGACAAUGUGGAAAUCACACACUCUCAGGGUCUGGCGGUUCCCACCCAGCCUACUGCUUCCCAGCCACCCCUGAGUGAAGGUGGAGGGAAUGGUGACAGCCUGGAUUCCUUCCAGGAAGACAGGGGGCAGAAACAGAGCAGCACCUGGCUGCUAGUGGGCCUUCUUGUGCCCAUCUGCAUCUUCAUUGUGGUGAUGGUGGCAUUGGGGAUUGUCUACUGCACGCGGUGUGCUGUUCAGCCACGCAACAAGAAUGCCACUGACUGUUACCAUUGGAUUUCUGGGGCUCAUGAUAAACAGGGAGCUCCUAACCCCUCAGCUGGGGUCAAGACCCAUGUUUAAACAGAGAAGAGAGAGACUGACAUAAACAUAAAAAAACUCUGUUUCAGAAAGAGUGAAUAAUGACCCAGGUAAUCAUCAAGUUAAAUGUUUUACCCUCUCCAACUGGGAGCUCCCGACUCUUGGAACACUUUUGACUAUUGCUGUUAUCAAAUGACAGGAGUUGAGAAAAGACAAUGAAAACCACUGAUCUUGUAAGGAAUGGGGUUUCCUUGUGGUACAAACUGCUUUGAUGUUGCAUACACUGACCAUACAGCACAAUAUCUGUUUGCUUCAUGAUUGCACUAGAUUACAUAGUUCAUAAAAUAUUACAUUUCUCAUUAAUAAUGUCAAAAACAUUUGCUAAUUAUUGAUAAUGUGUGUCUUCAUUUAUUAAUUUCAGCCUUUCACAGCUGGAGUCAGAUCCUAGUAAGAGUGUUGAAAAUCAUUGUACUGAAAUCAGCAUUUUUGAAGUAAACUUGACUGAGGUGUUUUUCCAGCAAAAUCCUUAUGCUCAAUUAAUUUCAAUAGCAUAUCACUGUAGAUAACCGUCACUGUUGACUGUUAUAAAGGGAUUCAGAGGUGUGAUUAGUUCUCAUCAACAUUGUAAAAUGUUGAAAGAAGACAGUAAGCAAUUAUCCCUUCAAGAGAAAAGGCAUUAAGCAAUUUCCAUGAUAAUGCUGGGCAAACUAUCAUUGAAAAUAACUGUGUUGGAGCAGAAUUGUAAAGAAGACACCAAAACCUUCUUUGUAUGUACUGGUUGUUUCGUAUUUAUAUUUCUUUUAUACUUGCCAUCAGGUGUUUGCUUUUAGAAAAUGUAAUGCAAAAGAGUUCAAUGACAAAGCCUUUUUAUGGAUUCCAUAAACCCAGUGAUAUGCAAAGGAAUGUCUGCCUGCACAUGGAAUCUUUCCCCCACCCAUGUCCAAUUUAAGAGCACUAUUUCUUUCUUUUUUUUUUUUGAAAAGAGGUUAAAGUGCAGAUGUUCACACCAUAUAGGGAAUGGUUGUAGGUCAUUGUACUUGUCAUUGAUCUUGUCUGUGAAGUGGUCAUCGGUCUCCUCUUGGAACCAAAAUUGACUAGCCCACUCCAGAAAUGUUUUAUGGCUUUGUUGGAUCAAAUCCAGCUGUGGGCAGACUACUGCUAUUGCAGAUUUAGCUUCACACACUCAGCAAUUUAAAAAGGCAAUCAGAUCUCAACGAUUUCAGAUCACAGAUUAAAAGAAUAUACACACAGAGUAGAAAGAUAACUCUUUUUGGAGAUGUGCUAAAUGGAGGCAGUAUACAUUUUACAGCCCAAAGAAAAUACAAAUAAACAGCUUUAUAGAUAAAUGGUGAUUAAUGGCCAUUCCAAAUUUAAACAUGAAAUGUGUCUAUUUUGUUUUUUGAUUAACUGUGAACUAUUGGGAAACAUCUGAUUUUUUUUUUUUUUUUAUGUGACAUGUAAAGAACUUGUGAAUUAAAAAUUAUGACAAGG